UUUGACAACCAAAGAGAAUAUAAUAUGUCAUUCUGCAGUUUCAACUUUUAUUUGCAAAUUUGCAAAAUUUGCAACUUGUCAAUAGUUUAUAAAUGAAUUUCAAUAUGAAUGAGAUCGAAAUAGGUUGUAAUGUCAAUGGAAAAUCGGAACAAGAGCUUUUAGAUGGGUAUAUACGCUGGGAAUGUGAUAAAUAUACUGUUGAAAACUUAACAUAUGAAGAUUUUUAUAACAAUCAUUUAGUGAAUAAUUUACCUUGUGUAAUAAAAAAUAUUACUUCUGAAUGGGAGUGCACAAAGAAAUGGAUUGAAAAUAAUACAAUAAAUUAUAAUUAUUUCAUUGAGAAUUAUGGGGAUUUGGAAGCUCCUGUGGCAGACUGUAAUAACAUAUCAUAUAAUGCUCACUGUAAAACUGAUAUGAAGGUCAGCGACUACAUGAAUUAUUUAAGGGACUCAGAAAAAUCUAAACUGCUCUAUCUAAAAGACUGGCACUUGAAAAAGUUACGACCCAAUGACAAAUUCUAUGAUAUACCAAGCAUAUUUGCUUCAGACUGGCUCAAUGAAUAUGCUCAAGACAAUGACCAAGAUGAUUUUAUGUUUGUUUACAUUGGACCAAAAUAUUCAUGGACACCACUUCAUGUAGAUGUCUACACAUCAUUCAGCUGGUCAGUCAAUGUAAUUGGAAAGAAGAAAUGGAUUUUAUUUCCACCAGGUGAAGAAAAUAAAUUGAAAGACUCAUUGGACAAUUUACCAAUGAUAUUUGAUCCUGACAAAACCAAAAAUAUAAAAUAUUUUGAAGUUAUUCAAGAACAAGGUGAUGGUAUAUUUGUACCUUCUGGAUGGUACCACCAAGUAUUGAAUGUAGAAGAUACCAUAUCUAUAAAUCAUAACUGGGUAAAUGCAUGUAACAUCCAAAUUGUCUGCAACUCCCUGGCAAAACCUUACUGUCAGUACAGCAUGAAAUUAUUGAAUUUAAAGAAACACCUGAAUAUCCAAUGCAAUGUCAAUUGAUUUUAAAAUCACUUUUUGGA